AUGUCGGGCAAUCACGUCUCCUUGACAGAGUCAAGAGUCACAGUGAGGGCGCUGUAUGACGCGUGGCCCCUUGGCGUUACCGUCUGGCAGCCCGGCAAGCAGACGGGUCAGCUCGCACAAGAUGCAGCAAAAUCCGUCAUCCUUCUCGCGCCAGCUACCGGCGUUCCUUGCAAGCUGUUCAAGCAUUUUGCUGCGUGAGUACGAGCUUCGUGCGUCGCAAAGCGACCUUCGAGAGGAGAUUCCCCAAUGCCGUAGAGCGUGGAAUCCAACAUGAAUUGAUCAAGCCUCGAUCGCGCCAAUCAUGCUGCGCAGGUUUUUGUGCAGCUAUGGUCACACUGUACUGGCAUUCGACUAUCGCAUGACCGGAAGCUCGUUCCCUGCGUCGUACGCCGUAGGGCCAACAGGUUUAAACACUUCCAUUCCUGACACAAACGCGGACGCAUCAAGUUUCAAAUCCGUCGCAGCGCUCGAAACUUGUCUCAAAGCUCAUCGACAUCAAGCAACAUACGAGCACAUAGGUCGCAGAGACUACCCUGCCGUCCUGCUGCAUGCUUGGAAAGAGCAUUGCAUAGUCGAGCCGACUAGACGUAGAGAUCUGUGCAUCGUCGGUCAUUCGCUUGGCGGAUCCAUCUUACCUUUGGCAUUGGACGAGCUCAGAGUGGGACCUCAUGCUCUGCAAGACUUUCAAAUCUCUCGCGUCUUGGCCGUCGGAUCUUCGAGCGGAUGGUGGGGCUACUCUCCCACACCAGACCUUUCCAGAGAAGCAGGUCGCUUCAUAGUGCAAGAGUCUCACGAAGAAGGUUUUGCGAACCUCAAGAAAUGGGGUUUAGGGAAUCCCAUCACUUUGGCACAAGUGAAUGAUUGGCUAGGAAUGAUCGUCGAGUCUCCGUCUUGGUACGGUGCAUACGCGGGAGAUUCGGGCUGGCAAAGAGCAGUGCAGCAUUACGAUCUUCCGGUCUUGUCCGUCCUUUUCAGCGAUGAUGAGCUGAUAGGCAAUGGCUCGGCUCGUCGAGUGGACGCCAUCUUGAGACCUUUAGGCCAUAAUGCUUCUCUGGUCGAGAGUGCUCAGGAGAAGGCUUACUGGGAGGCCGGAGGAGAGGAAGAUCCGGUUGGAGCCACAGCAUACAAGAGCGGUUCUCCACCUGCUCCAGAAUCUGUCGGACGCUCUCCGAACGCCUCCACCUUGACGCGUAUACACUUGGACGUCAACCAUAAUGGGUGGGUUCGAGGGUCUUCGCAAGUCGAUGCGAAGGAGCAGGGGCAGCUGCCAUCCCACAUAGGACACAUAGACUGGAUUCGUAAAGAAGUCGGAACUUCUUCCGCCUCUAGAGAGAUAUGGCAAGUGUGCAGAGCUUGGCUGGACGAGCGAGCGAUGGUCCCUAGUCGUUCGAGUCGCAUCUACGGCGGUUGCGGAGGCAGGCUGGAUUUCGGUCCGAAGAGUGACAGGGCCAUCUACACUCCGCAUCCUAUCUACGCAACUCCUUCUGCGAAGGCAAAAAUCUAA